GUCAAGUGGCUCUCUGUGUGUGAGUGUAUUUAUAACUCCAUCAUAAGAUAUCUCCUCUGCCAUUACCAUCGUCUCCACCGUAGCAAUCUCCUUUUGCUUUUCUCUCUCAUUUUCUCCACCGCAACCCUCUCUCUCUCUCUCUCUUGUGGGUUCACUCUCAAGUCUCGUAGAAAGAGUAUCUGCAAGAUGGUGAAGAAGAUAUGCUGCAUUGGCGCUGGCUACGUGGGAGGUCCAACCAUGGCCGUGAUGGCUCUCAAGUGCCCUGAGAUCGAGGUAUCAGUCGUCGACAUCUCCGAGCCAAGGAUCAACGCUUGGAACAGCGACAAGCUUCCCAUCUACGAGCCAGGCCUGGACGAUGUGGUCAAACAAUGCAGAGGCAAAAACCUCUUCUUCAGCACAGACGUGGAGAAACACGUCUUCGAGAGCGACAUCGUCUUCGUCUCGGUCAACACUCCCACCAAAACGCAAGGCCUCGGCGCCGGCAAAGCUGCUGACCUCACUUACUGGGAGAGCGCCGCUCGGAUGAUCGCUGACGUCUCCAAGUCCAGCAAAAUCGUCGUCGAGAAGUCCACAGUCCCCGUGAGAACAGCGGAGGCUAUUGAGAAGAUACUCACGCAUAACAGCAAAGGGAUUGAGUUUCAGAUACUCUCUAACCCUGAGUUUCUCGCUGAGGGCACUGCGGUUAAAGAUCUCUAUAACCCGGACCGUGUGCUAAUCGGUGGGAGGGAGAAUGCAGCUGGGGAAAAAGCUGUUCAAGCUUUGAGAGAUGUGUAUGCUCAUUGGGUUCCAGUGGAACGCAUCAUCUGCACUAACCUCUGGUCAGCUGAGCUAUCCAAGCUCGCGGCAAACGCGUUUUUAGCUCAGAGGAUAUCAUCUGUCAACGCCAUGUCUGCUCUAUGCGAAGCCACAGGAGCUGAUAUCACACAAGUCGCUCAUGCGGUUGGUACAGAUACUAGAAUCGGUCCCAAGUUCUUGAACGCAAGUGUUGGUUUCGGUGGAUCUUGUUUCCAAAAGGACAUCCUCAAUCUUAUCUACAUCUGUGAAUGCAACGGCUUGCCUGAAGCAGCUAACUACUGGAAACAAGUCAUCAAGGUCAACGACUAUCAGAAAACCCGGUUCGCUAACCGGGUUGUUUCCUCGAUGUUCAACACCGUAUCAGGCAAGAAAGUAGCGAUACUCGGUUUUGCGUUCAAGAAAGACACGGGGGACACUAGAGAGACGCCAGCCAUCGAUGUUUGCAACAGAUUGGUCGCUGAUAAAGCCAAGCUGAGCAUAUACGACCCGCAGGUUCUUGAAGAACAGAUAAGGAAAGAUCUUUCCAUGGCUAGGUUUGACUGGGACCAUCCAGUUUCUCUUCAGCAGAUCAAAGCUGAAGGUAUGUUGGAGCAAGUGAGUGUCGUCUCGGAUGCUUACGAGGCCACUAAAGACGCGCAUGGCAUUUGUGUUUUGACCGAGUGGGAUGAGUUUAAGUCGUUGGACUUCAAGAGAAUCUUUGAGAGUAUGCGCAAGCCUGCUUUUGUGUUUGAUGGUAGGAAUGUUGUUGAUGCAGUGAAGCUGCGGGAGAUUGGGUUUAUUGUUUACUCCAUUGGUAAGCCGCUUGAUUCAUGGCUCAAGAACAUGCCUUCUGUGGCAUGAAGGAGACAAAACGUCUGAAUCUGCCUAAGUUAGAAGAGUAUAUGAAUACAAAAUUUUAUAUUUAUAUAUAGUAAAAUCCGCGUAAGUUGUUCAUAGUAAAAUACUAAAAUCCUCCUAAAAUGUAACAAAUCUAGUGCUUUUAUGUUUA